AUGUCACCAGCACUUGAUAUAAAGUUAAAAAUAACAUUCGAUAACAGCAACAAUGAUAGUCGACACAUCAGAUAUUUCCCAGGAGACACUGUGGAAGGCAAAAUACUCCUCACGGCUAACCAAGCAUUCACUUUAAGAAAUUUUCGGUUGGCUUGGACGGGGCGCAUUCAAGUGCAACCCAUUCCGUCCAACAAGGAAUCCCGUAUCUACUUUGACGAAUGCUGGAAAUUAAGUCCACAUUUGAUAAAGUCACGUAGGAAAGCAACUAUCAGCAAAGCAAAAAAGACAUCUGGAUGGAUGAGCAGCAGCCAUAAGGAACCUCGUCGGCAUCAUAUACCUUAUUAUUACACUCAACUCAUACCUUUAUCUGAAGUGACAGUACCAGAACCAAAAAUAGAAUUGCAAAAAAACAAAACGCUAGGCCUUACAUUCAAGGUUCGAGUGCCUAACGAUAGACCCUUACCGAGCAGUACGCAAACAACUUACUUGCCGAACCGAAUCCUUUACUUAUUGGAAGCCUUCAUUGACAGCAGCUAUAGUAACAAUGAAGAAGGAGUCGCUGCUGGUUUGACGGAAGCGAGUGAGGAUGAGGAGACUGAGAUGAAUAGAACAGAAGCCACUUUUUUGAAAAAAGCAAAUUCAAAGAAAAAAAAGAAGGGACCUGUCUUCUUUACGCAGCAAGUGGUACCUGUAUUUGAACCGAUCUAUACUCAUACGGCAGAAAUGACCGUACCGCUGAGAGCCGAACAGACUUAUGUUGUGUCUCUCAUGGCUGAUCUUCGAAAAGACUUCACAGCGGCUUUGAGAGUGACGGUACCUUGCAGAGGAUCAGAGCCAGGUCUUUCCAUUCCUGUUUCGAUUACCCUAUGGAACACUAUGGAGGUCUGUAGAAGACAAGGUAUUUCUAUAGCGUUAUGUAGAGUGCAUAUGGCCCUUGCUAAUGGAAGGGCGUACGCUUCUGAAAGUGAAACUAUUCAAAGAGUAGUGACAGAUCUCAACAUGACAGCUUCGGAAACCCAUACCAAAGAGUUUGCCCAAACAGUGCACGCUUAUUUACCCAUACCAAAAGGUACCACGCCCACCAUCACCUUUGAGAAAAGCCAGCUGAUGUCUGUGAGUUAUUUCAUUCGGAUCCAAGUCUUUGCUCAGGAAGGAACCUAUACUACGCCCAACGGUAAAAAAUCACAAUUUAUGUCUAUUGACUUGCCAUUUAUUAUUGGCACAUUACCAUCGCCGGCUACUUGUACAGUUUCUGGUAGUCCCUCUGGAAUGAGCCAAUGUACCAGUCCUACCAGCAUUUCAUCCUCUUCUCAGUAUUCUAUUCCCACACCCACAUCACCAACCUGUAGUAGCUUUACUUCAAUGACAUCGUCACCCACGAUAUUACAACCAUCACAACAACAGCAGCAUUAUUUACCGUCUUUCAACAGCAGUCAUAGUAAUCACUACCCGAUGGCAAGUAACAACCGUAUUUUCAGAAAAAUAUCUUCGGGAAGCACCACUACCAGCGUCUCCAGUGCUCCUUCCCAUGAGAAUACUGCAACUACAGGCUCAAACAGCUCUUUUACAUCCUCCUCUGCGUCGUCUAUAGCAGCCAACGCUUCUGCUCUAUUCAACACAAGUGACAGCAUGCAAGGGCUGGAGCAGAAGCCGGAGCAGAAACAGAAAAAGAAGAGCAAGAGCAAAAAUGUGUUUUCCAAACUACGAUUAUAUACGGGUAGUAGCCAUAGCAGCAGUACUGAGGAAACGAUCCAACAGAAAGAGCCAGCAUCGAACGCAACCUACUCCCACACAAUGACUCUUCCUAACGAUCCAUUGACACGAGAAACACUAAGGAAAGAAGAGGAGAGGAGGGUAGAACAAAAAAGCGUCCAUUGUAGCCAUGUGAAGAAUGACAAGCAUAAGAAUGGAAGCGGCGGUUUUCAGGGCGGUGUAUUUAAUCUAUUCCCUGACGAUGAUUUUACUGAUACAGAGGAGGAGGAAGCCUAUUCAGAAGGUGAAGACAAUUCUGCCACUACUGCUACUACUCUUGUUACUGACAUUGAAGCAAAAGAAGGCCAAGUACAGGACAAUGAAGCCGAGAACAUGUCAGCCAUUGUAUUCUAUCCUUUCGUUGAUUCGGAUACAGAUCUAGAAGGAGAAGAUAAGCAUCCUACAGAGCGGAACAAUCAUAAAGACAACGAUAGCUUGAAUAUGUCUUUAUUUGAAAAACUGAGGGAUUUAAGGCUGAUGCAGCCAGCAGAGGAUAAAGACAACGGCCAUAUGAAGCCGAAUGAGUACGACCAUCACAAAGCAAAUACCAAAGAAGCAUCUGUGCAUACUAUUGCCAGUAUCAAAUCCACGAAUGCAGCAGCAGCAGCAGGCUAA